ACCCCAAAAAUAAACCAAUGCUGAGGCCAUUUUAUUGUGACGAGAUGUCAUCUAUUAACCGUGUAUUCACUGACUGCUCCUCCGUUGCAGCGUACGCUCGCAUGGCAACGACAGACGCCACUGCUUCCAAAUUAAUAUUUUGCUUCAUGGUUGCUGAAUAAUAAUGCAAUUCAUUGUAACAUUGGUGUCAAACGCAAAUUCAGUGUUCUACAAGUUCGUAUUCUCUAUACGAUAAAUCUAUAGAGUAGGCAUAUCGAGCUUGUUAAUGGUGGACGUUUUCAUUAGUUGUUCGAUAUCCUCUACGGGGUUAUUUUUUCACUGCCGGCCUUGAAAUAAUGGGAUAUAGAAAAUUUAUGCAUACAUUUUCCGGAUGAUGUCGCAAUUCGCAUGCUGUACCUUCAUUAAGACCACCAUUGUAUUAAACACAAUCUGUAUGUUUGAUUUUUCGUUGACAUGGGAUCACAAGUGAUUUUUAAUUCAUGGAGACAUUGAUACCAGGCACGCUCUACGUGGAAUGGACAUCAUCCUACAUGGAUCUGUGAUUAGCAAUCCUCGAGAAGUAUAGAAUCCCGUAUAGAUUAAUUAUGAUGUCACUUCAUUCAAAUGAAAAAUAACCAAUCAUGGGUUCUAAAUCGUCGAAAAUUUCCGAUGCCGGUCCGACAAAAUCCGAUACUGCUAUUGCGGUACCCAAGGACCCACUGGUGAUCGAACGUGACGGGCAAAGCAAGGUACCAUCUUCGAAAAGGAGAUCGAAGCCGCCAAGCAAAGCAAAGAAGGCAGGUUUCGUCGUGAUCAAUGAGCACGGCCGACGGGUGUCGACCUCGAGAUCGCAGAAACGGAGGAGGACGUUGGAGCCGCUUAGCUAUACCGGACAGAUGGCUCUGAAGGACCUGCGCAACAAAGUCGAACAGAAGUCAAAGUCAAAGGAUAAGAAAUCACUGAGAAAGAGAAAGAAUGAGGACGACGACGAUGAUGACGACGACGACAAGAAAUCCGGGUCCGAAAAUCGGGGCCAUGACGGCGAUGAAGACUCGAUUAAUCUUAUACAGUACGACCACUUUCAGUACCCCUUUGAGAAUAUUGUCUUCGAAGGAGGGGGUAAUAAGGGUUUGGCAUACGCUGGAGCAAUUAGGGAAUUGGAACGGAUAGGGGUAUGGAAGAACAUCCGUCGCUUUGCCGGAGCAAGUGCUGGUGCUAUGUGGGCAGCACUGCUGGCUGUGGGAUACAACUCAACAGAGGUUCAAGAAUUCCUCAGUAUGAACCUUAAAGAAUACUUCCUUGACGCAACAUGCGGUUCGUGUAGCCUGAUCCCCAACCUCCUGCGCCAUUUUGGAUGGCAUCCUGCACGUCGUCUGUUCGAGUGGUUCGGCGAUCGCCUCGCAGACAUGACCGGUGAUGCCGAUAUCACGUUUAGGCAGUUGUACACGCGAACGGGAAAGGAACUCUGCAUCGUGGUUACCAAUCUUAGUCAGAUGAGCGCAGAGUAUUGCCACGUCAAGACCACGCCCAAUAUGCCCAUCAGGACGGCACUGCGCAUGUCCAUUGCCAUUCCAGGUUUAUUUGGAGCCGUUCACAGCAAAAGGCAUAACAGUUAUGACGUAUACGUUGAUGGAGGCGUCUUGUGCAAUUUUCCUGUUCAUUGUUUUGAUGGGUGGUGGUUAUCGCUGAAUCCGGAAGACAGCAUGCUACGACGUCUGCAGCCACUAGAAGACAUCGGAAGACUGUGGGACAGGAAGGAGAGGUUUGGGUCCACCAACCCUCGUACGAUUGGUAUGUUAUUGUAUUCUAGCGACGAACAAGACGUGAUGGUGGAUAAACUAGCCAAACGAGAAACGACGAUGCCACCACAACCGCUCCCUCCAACAAAACUGGCAAGAUUGCGGAAGAAGAUAAGAAAGAAACGUGAAGAACAAACGAGAGAGCAUGCCCGAGUAACUACUGCUAUGUCGGGGUUCCUGAAACUGCUUAGUGAGAGCGACAUCAAUGAGAAUAGUGUGAUCAGCAGGAGUGAACUCAGAGAUGCUUUCUCUAUGAAUCCACCUUACUUCAAUGCAAAGCAUCGUGAAGAUCUGUUUGGUGACGAGCUGACGGUAGAUGACAUAUUCAACCAAAUGGACCACAACAACGAUGAUGAGAUUACGUUUGACGAACUACAGGCAUUCGCCGAGGAGCGAGGGGUGGGCAUACAAGCUAGCUUCCAGGGGUAUGCCCGCAAGGAUAUCACCGGUUUUUCCGACUUCCUUGGAACGCUUCAAGAGACAUUACUGGUCAAUGUGAAGAGGAUAUUUGUUACGGAAGAGGAUGUCAACCGCACGUUAGGUAUCGAUACUGUGUAUGUCGAUACUACAGACUUCGAACUCGAGCCAAAAGAUAGGGACUUUCUCGUCCAGCAAGGAGUACGUGGUGUCCAAGCGUUUUUACGGGACUACGUCAGGCGGAACGAUCCUCCUCUGAAACCGAGCUUACAAGGACCCAACGACACACAGAGUACGGUCAUGUUCGAUGAUCUUCAUAGAUGAUGCCUUGGUGUAACCGGUCCAAACGUUGAUAGGCAGAUAUAAACAGAGUGUAAGGGGUCAAUUGUCUCGAAAAUUGUUUUUAAGGAAUAAGAUGAAUAACAAAAGCUUUUUUGAAGAAAAAAAUGCAUGGGACGAAUCAUUAUUUAUGGACGUCUUCAUGUUUCUGGAAAUUUUUCGAUUUACCACUCGAGUUUUGAGGAAAGUAGAUUAGGGAACAGCGGAUCUAGGAUCGGGCACUCGGGGCACAUUGACAAGGGGUCAUUUCUUUCUUCUAAAAUUCUGCGACAAGCUCUAAGGAAAAUAUGUCAUAACCCCAAUUACACCCGCCUGGCCCGGGUGUCAGAAGGGCCCUUUUCCCCACCCUCUUCUAUUACCCUUUUCUGACCCAUGAUGACUAAUCUACUUGGAUUAUAAAGAUUUUUUCCACGAGACUGCAUGUUUUUUCUAGGUGGAUUCGCUAUUUAAAGGUCAAACAAGAUAGCAGGGCUCCCUUGUAAAGCAGGCCUCUAGCUGGCUUGAAUGGGACUAGCCUGUUUUUUUUAUAAAGAAAACAUGAAUUAAUAAAUGAUGAAUAAAGACAAAAGUCAGACGGGUGUACUGAAAAUUUCAUUAAAAUCUGAUGUAAAGUAAGAAGGUUAUAAACGCAUCACUGAUAUGCGAACAAGCGAGUCCAUGACAUUAAUACUGGUUAUUCUGCACAAUUUAAAACCGAGACAAAACAGCGCCACUAUACUACAUUGUAUGAUAUAGCACCACCUCAAGCUUCAACUGCUCAACUUUGACCGGGUUCCUGACCCAUAAUCCCACAUUCUAAGCAGUGGAGCCGUAUAAUCUAGGCCCACUGGGCCACUUGGUCAACUCAAGAAUAAAUGACACAAUUAAAGUAUUAAAAAAAUACAUUUUUUAUAAAAUUAAAUUUAAAAGUUAUUAUUCUGUGUGAUAGUAAUGUCUCGUUUUUUAUUUUGCAUUAUUUUCAACAUUCGAUUUUUUUAAUAGUUCAAUUUCAUACUUGUAAAAUUUUAUUUCUAUGAUCAAAUCAACUUAUUGAUGGGGCAUGUUGGACAUUAAAGAAAUAGUUGAAGUAAAAUGUUUUAUUUGUAAAAGCUGUUAUUGCUUGAUUGUAACAUACAUGUCAUGAUCUCUUAAUACUAUCAUUACAAUCAUGAUAAGUCAUUUCAUUUUCCCAACUAUAACAAUCUUUUUGCCAAUAUAUUUUUGUGAUAUCAUGAUUUUACUUAUUUCAUAUUAUUGCUGAAUGCUUUGAAAUAGUUGCAUGUAUGAUUAAUAUUAAUUGUUUGCAUGAAUUAAGACAUUAAAUUGUAUGCAUUAUUUAUCGAGA